CUAGCAAGCAGCUCCCACAAGGCAUCACGUGUUUUUAGCAAGUUAACCGGCCAGGCAAGGACGGCCGACAUAACGCCCGCUAAUUUAGCAACUAGCUCCUAAGUUAUCUUUCUUUUAGAAGCAAGACAUAUUUUGGUUUGUCUGCUUUAGGGAGCCAUGCUAUGGAAAAACACUGCUUAACGGAGACAGCAAUCUCUUCCUAGUCAAGAUUUCCAUCCACCUGCACGGGAACAAUGGGGAAGUAUUUUGUAAAUGACGUGGACAUCAAGAGCACGUGGGACCAAGUGUUCUCUGCGUUCUGGCAGAGAUACCCCAACCCAUUCAGCACCCACGUUCUCACGGAGGACGUGGUUUACCGCGAGGUGACGGCGGACCAUCGGCUCCUGACCCGCCGCCUCCUGACCAAGACGAACCGGCUGCCCCGCUGGGCCGAGCGGUUCUUCCCCGCCAACCUGGCGCGCUCCGUCUACGUCGUGGAGGACUCCAUCGUGGAUCCCCGAAACAGGAGCAUGACGACCUUCACCUGGAACCUGAACCACACCAGGCUGAUGACGGUGGAGGAGCGCUGCGUGUUCCAGGAGUCCCGGGACCGGCCGGCGUGGACCCAGCUCACCCGCGAGGCCUGGAUCACCUCCGGGGUGUACGGAUUCUCCAGGCCCAUCCAGGAGUUUGGACUGGCCCGCUUCAAGAGCAACCAGACGAAGGCCCUUCGGGGCCUGGAGCUGGCUCUGGCCAACAUGCACGCGCAGAGCUCUGCCUUACCAGGCUGGAGGCUCGUCCCCGAGGCCGCGCAGGGAUACCGUGAAGGAGGCCUCUGAGAAAGCCAAGGAGGCGGCGCUGGCCGCCACGGAGAAGGCCAAGACCCUGGCCUCGGCCGCGUCGCCCCAGAAGCCCCGGCAGUUCGUGUGACGCAGACCCGCCCGCACGAGCGUGCGAAAGCUACCCCCUCCGCGAGCCCGGUCCUCCAGGGAGCGCGCGUCCCUCCCCCCUCAGGGACCCCCGGCAGCGCUGGGCAGGGAUCCAGCUGGCUGGACUCAUAACCUGUUCAUCAUCAUCAUCAUCAUCAUCAUCAUCAUCUCCCUGCUGAGGAUUCUCAGGUACUGUACAGCCCUCAGGCGUGGAAACGGCUGCGUUUACAGGCCAGUGGCCCUGUUUGCACACCUUGAGCUGUGUGCAUUCAGCCUGUUUGUGACGCGAAGACAAUCGAGGACGGAAAAAAAACAGAAAGGCGGAAGUAUGAAAUGUGUUUCUGCUUUGUUUAGUCUGGAGCCGCGGUAACGUAGGCCUUUCUGACGUCGUCUUGCUUUAAAUUUAGAUUCUUGUAUCUAGGGGUUCGGUCAGUGUGAUUUCUUGAAGAAAAUCUGAAAGCAUUCCUUCUGGUUAGACUGACACUUUAGAUUUUUUAAAACCUGUUGUGGAUGUUCUUAAGUUUGCUGUGAGUGAGCGAGCUAAAUUAUAGAAUGAGUGAGAAAGCGAAUGUGAUGUAGCAUUUCAAUUUUUGAAUUUAAUGAAUUUAAGGUAAUAAUACCUUUAAUUUUUUUAGGAAAAGUGUACAGUACAAAGUAAAAGUACAUUGGAAUUCUAAUGCAUCAUGUUUUCUGUCAUGGCUCAUGAAUUGAUCUGUACUUUCUCUGUCAGUGAAUCCUUUUUGACAUGUUAAGGUUGAGUUCUAAACAAUAAAUGGGAGAGUGAACUGACAA